CCAGCCUUUGGUGAAUAGACGUAAUGCCAUGAUCUGGACUGGAGAGCCACUUCAUCAAAAGAGAUCCAGUAUCAGUUUCUCAAUGCACAGGAGUCACUGGGAGACAAUCAGGGGGCUGGUUCGUUUUGGGAAAGGUAAACUGUUGAGGGGUUUUGAGCCAGUGUAUCCUACAACUCUUCAAAUUGAUCUGAAGACUUUCUGCCAUGCUUUCCCUUUCCAUAUAGUCUUCGACGAACAGCUGGUGGUGCACCAGAUAGGGGUGAAGCUCCAGAGGAUCGUCCCCGGGCUCCAGACAAUGAGCAUUCAUCUGGACCUUUACUUCAGCAUUGUGCAUCCUGAAGUCACCUUCACCAUCUCCAGCAUCAGGAAGUUCAUCAACAGUCACUUUGUCCUGCAGACGCGCAGGGACAUGAUGCCUGAAGCAUGGAAGGACAGGCCCAUGCUGCAGCUCAGAGGUCAGAUGAUCUGGAUGCCUUCUCUGGACUGUAUGCUUUAUCAAGCCUCUCCUCUGCUGAGAAGCCUCCAGGAGCUGAAGGAGAGGGACAUGCACAUUUCUGACAUCGCACCUCACGACGUCACCCGUGACCUCAUCCUGCUCAAUCAGCAGCGAUUGGCAGAAAUUGAGCUGUCCAAUCAGUUAGAGAGGAAGAAAGAGGAGCUCCGCCUCCUGUCUCAACACCUGGAGGAAGAGAGGAGGAAGACGGAGAACUUGCUGUACGCUAUGUUGCCCAAGCAUGUAGCCAACCAGCUGAAGGAGGGCAAAGCAGUAGAAGCAGGAGAAUUUAAAGAGUGCACCAUACUGUUCAGUGAUGUGGUUACCUUCACUAAUAUCUGCUCCCUGUGUGAACCAAUCCAAAUCAUCCUUAUGCUUAACUCCAUGUACCUCCGAUUCGACCGACUCACAACUGUGCACAAUGUUUACAAGGUGGAGACAAUAGGGGACGCCUAUAUGGUGGUGGGUGGGGUGCCCAUACCUGUCUCCAGCCACGCUGAGAGGGUGGCCAACUUUGCCCUGGGUAUGAUCUUGGCUGCCAGGGAGGUUAUCAACCCGGUGACAGGAGGACCCAUUAAGAUCCGUGUGGGUCUCCACAGUGGUCCUGUACUGGCAGGUGUAGUUGGGGAGAAGAUGCCUCGUUACUGUCUGUUUGGAGACACAGUCAACACUGCGUCUCGCAUGGAGAGUCACGGCCUCCCUGACAAGAUCCAUCUGAGCCCAGCUGUCUACCAGGCUUUGAAGAAUAAAAGCUUUGUUAUCCAGAAGCGAGGGGAGAUCGAGGUGAAGGGGAAGGGCAGAAUGACCACUUACUUUCUUGAAAGGAACAUAGGAGUCAGCGAGUGGCAGAUUAUGGGUCUCUCAGACAUGGAGACAGGGGCUGGACAGCAGGACAGGCAGAUGAGCUACCAGCCAAGUCUCCACAGACCAGCUUUUCAGAGGCAGCACGGGGACGACCUUUUCUUGAUCCCUAUGAAAUAUGAAGACAGCCUGAGUGAACCCCCACCAUCAUCACAUAGGUCUGAACCCCAGACCGGCUCAGCCAUCAAGCCCCAGGACUCAGAGAGCUACGGAAGCCUGCACACUGAAGAUCAAUCAGAGGAUGGAGGUCUAGACCAGUUAAAGGAUACAGAUGAAUAUGACCAAACAGAGGCAAAAAAUAACAUGGACAGCUUAGACAGCAUCAGCCAUGUGGACACAGAGGAACAGCAGCUGAUUACCGGUGCCAUGAAAACCAACAAUCAAAGCAAACACACCCGGACCAGGUUCUGUGUCGUCCUGUGAGCUGGCAAUUACUUGCCGAAUGGCUGAUUGACUAUAAAUGAUUCAUCAACCAAGGUGCAGUAUAUUUAACACGUGCCAUUGCUAUUGAACACCAGUCAGUGACAAAAGAGCCUUUGUGUAGAUGGUAUCAUUCUCACUUUGUAAUACAUCGGCCAGCUAGAUUCUCUGCAUUGUUAGUGUUUUCUCUCGAGUAGAUGUGUGGCACUUUGGAUGUAGCAGGUCAAAUGUUAUAUCAAAGCUUACUGUAUGUUUUACUUGUAGCCCAUGUAUGUGCCUGACAUACUAAAUAAUAAAUGUA